AUGGAUUCGUAUCAAUCGGUCUCAUCAAUCAUCGACACUCAAUCCAUGACCAUAUCAUACUAUAUCCCAGCACCACCCAAUCAAAACUAUACUCUCACAAUUGGUAAUACAUACCUCCAAAUCCAAAAUCCAAUUACUUUUAAUCAAGGUUCGCAUUACAAACAAUCAUCUAUAUACCCAAGUCUUAAUUAUGUUUACAGUGGUGGUUCUUAUUGGGCACCUGGUAGUAUUAUACAAUUUUCUGGAGACUUUGGUCCAAACAAUGUUACAUCAUCAGUUGAAUUUAAUAACCCAGAUGGAUCGAAAAGUAUAUGUACCGUGGUGUCAUGGCUCACUCAAGUACUUACCUGCAAACUCGAACAAACACCAAUAACAGAGAAUAGAAUUGCAACUGCCAACAUCACAAUCAAUGGUUUUUGGGUGGUAUCCAAAUUUGUAAUUGUCACAGUCUUGGACGAAUGCAAUCAAAUUACGAAUCAUUGUUCUGGAAAUGGUGUCUGUAACAAUCAAGGUAUUUGUGAUUGUUAUAUAAAUCAAAGAAGUUAUUAUAAUAAUUGUACAAAACCAUAUCCAUUCAUUAAUAGUGGAAUUGUUAAUGACCAAAAUACAACACAAAGAUCAAUUAGUUUAUUUGGUGAUUUUGGACCAUUUACAUUGGCCAAUGUAACCAUUAAAAUCAAUCAUACAAUGAAUUGUAUUUUCAAUCAAUCAGAGUCCACUCAAUUCCAAAUGAAUUGUCAACUUGUUUCAUCACCAACAACCUUUGGACCCGCAUCUGCUCAAUUGGAUCUAAAUGGGUUAACAUUUGAUAGUACAACAUAUAUCAUUAAAUUCAUUGACAAUUCUCCACCCACUGGUACCACCUCCACCUCCACCUCCACCUCUGGAGGUACAAAGACACCAAAAGAAAUAUGCGAAGAGACAACUCAAAAUUGUUAUGGACAUGGUACAUGUAAUGUCAAUGGUGUUUGUCAAUGUGAAGAUAAAUAUAAUCCAGUUGAUAAUUGUUUAACCAAGUUUGCUGAUAAUACAACAUUUAAUCCAAAUACUACAUCACCAACAACUAAAAUUGAGGUUGAUGGAGUUGAAUUUGGUUUUGAAAUAGUUGCCAUUCAAGAGAUUGGAUUGGAUAAUGAGAUACUGAAAGAGUUGUUGACUGAUAGUUGGAUAACGAAUAUUACCACUACCAACUCUGUGAUCAAUGCAGUUUAUGAUUUGGUGAUUGCCAACACUAGUCUUCUCAACACGACCAGUGUAACUGUCAAUAUUUCAUUCUCGCAACAACCUAGAACAGUAACAUUUGGCAACCAACAACUAUCAAUCGGACCCAAUUCCAUCAAACUGGCAGUAUCCAUCAAUGGAUGGCAUUAUUAUUCCAAUUUCGCAACACUCCGAUUGGUUAUGAAAACAACGGUAAACAAUGACCAAUCGAUAGAGUAUGAUUGCCAAGAGACUAAAAUCGAUCCAUUCUCGUACGACAAUUAUGGUACAUUGCAAUACCUCAGAGUACUUAAAGACAAUAUUCAAUUCAACGGAAGAUUCCUCGACUUUGCAUUGGCAGACGGUCGUACAACCUAUUCACAAACACUCCUCAUUAAUCAAACCACUAUCGACUCUGAUCAAUCGUCUGCCAUGAUUGGUAUCACGUUGCCUCAAUGUCAACAAUGUAUUCUCGAUCCAGACUUUACACCUUUGUUGGUUGUCAACGAUAAAUCGGGUAGCUGUUCAGACGAUAAUAAAUGGAAGAUCAUCGUUGGAUGUGUCGUCGGGGGUCUAGGCCUCGUUGCUAUUGCAGUCGGUGCUGUAAUACCAACAACAUUUAUGCUUUGUCCUGACAGUCAGAGUCGUAAAUAUUAG